AGGAGUUGUAUGAUUUCCCAAAUCCAGUAUUUUAUGACAUACCCAACUGGCAAACAGAUGACAAUUUAGAUGAUAAAAUGUCAGUAUAUGGACCGGAUGCAGUAAACAGUAGAAUAUCCAUGACAAAUCCCCAAUACACAUUGACUAAAUCAAUUAAAAAUGGAGAUUUUUAUGAUGUUAACACUCCUAAUACCAUAAAUUCUAGGCUCACUAGCCAUACUAAUGAUGUAUUUGACGAUGCUAUAAUUAAUAGUCCCGAAAAAUAUCCUUCAUUGAAAAUCAUUACCAUGUCUGAUGCAAUUCAAAUAACUGAUUCUUCGUUGAAUAUACCUACCCUGUAUGAAAAUGAUAUAGAUGCAAUGAACAAUUCCAUUUUGACAAGAUUCUAGAUAUUUUCACAUAUUUAUAUUUAAUUUUUGAUAAAAUGCCGCCGAAUGGAGGAAAACUGAAUUCCGCUAUGUUUAUUAGAAUAGUACACACGAUUUGUUACCUUCAUCAGCCAUACCAGGCUGUUAGCAUUUGUAAUAUUCAAGAGUUCAAGACAAGAAAGUAUGCAUUAAAUAAUCCAUCUUAUUCCUGAAACGUAGAAGACAAGCCUAUUGAGACAAAUGACACAAAAUUACAGUGAAUACUGGGAAAACAAAUGAAAUGUUCUAUAGAUAUUACUGUGUGAUUGCAAACUGAGACACUAUAAGGUCAUAUCCUUCAGAAGAGAUGAUCAGACAAGUUUUAUAGAAACAAGCCCAUAUCUGCAUAUACUCGAAACUGCUUAUCCACUGUAGCCUAUUUUUGCAUAAAUAUGCAUGUAAAAACGUGAUAUAUUUUACAGUAAAUUACGAGGUUGACCAACCAUGUGAUAAUGUAUGUCAGUGUUAUUUUCUUCCAAUUAUUUACUUUCCGUUUUCAUACCGCUAAAUUGUAGUUUGUUUACACUUAUUUAUUUUCUGUCUUCAGACCAAUAUCAUAUUUCCGUUAUGUUUUCUUUUAUUCAGUUUCCUGAUGAAAUGUUUUUGCUCCAUCAAUUAUUAUCGUUUCUACAUACCACAGUGUGUGUGUGUAUGUAUGUAUGUACAUAUCCUACUGUGAGACUGUCUCAUAGUUUCUUUUCAAACUGUCAAGAUUCCCGACCUACCCUCCUACCUACAGCCUUGACAAUUAUCCUCAAUGUCUGUGAUCAAUUAGUUAGUUUUAUACAGAAACUUGAUA